AUGACACUAAAAGAUUUCAUACACGACUUGCACAGGUCACAAGAUGACGUUGCGGAGCCACACCACUCUAGCCAUCACUCCGAUAAGCAGCCGGGGGAGUGCGAUGACCAUGAAUCAAAUUCGAAGUUGCAAGAUCACAACUUAAGUAGUGGGAAUAAUAUUGCUUUAACUCCCGAUAAACAGGGGAGCCACACCAAAACCGAAGAGCAGAAUCGUCACAAGAGCACAACUGAGAAUGACAACGAGACGAAGCAACAGGACGGCACACGUAAAGAGCCCCCCACAACUUCCAAGUCGACUUCGGCUAAGCAGAAGGACCACCAUCAUCGUCGCAAUCAUAGCGAGGACACGGACGAGGACCUUGCUAUGCCAUCUGGUGAAAUGGACACAAACUUUUUCUCCACAUUGAUGAACAACACGACGCUCAGCUCUGGGUUCGGUUCAUUGAGAAAUUUGCAUAAAUCGGCAAUGGAGAAUUUCUUGAAAGGAAAAGGGGAUGGAUUGGACGAAGAAAAGAAUCGCCCACAUCAUAAUCAUCAUCAUCAUCAGAAUCAUCAGAAUCGUCAACACCAUUUACUCUCAGGCACGGGCUCGCACACCUCACCAAGCCGUCCGUCACUGCCUAUCAACAGUGCUUCCAGUUCCCGUCCCGUGAGUCCACUUCCACUGAGUAUACGUCCACUGAGUCCGCAGCCAGACCUAAACCUUGAACACUCUGAUGCAUACACAAAGAGCGGUGGUCGUGGAUUUCUCCAUCACAACAUCCAUAGUGAGGAUAACUCCAGUGCGGAAAAUUCGAGCGAUGAGGAAGAAGAAGAGUAUGAAGCUGAGAGACUAGGUAACCCAGGCACAACUAGAAGGAAUGCUGACGCUAAAUUCAACGCUGACGCAGUGUCCCCUGCUUCACCUGCUGCAAUGGAUCUGGAGCUCACAUCUUACUCGACUUUGAACAAUGAGCCCUCAAAUGAUACUGGGGCGCUUACGGAUGGUGACACUAUCAUAAAUUCUAGAAAAAAUACCAUUGUCUUAGAUGCAGACGGUAUGGAGGGUCUCACCGAACAUCAAAUUGAAAAACUAACACCAUUUGAAAAAUCAGUGAUUGAAAAAUUAGAUCCUCACCAUAUCAAGGAAGGAGUGUUGGUGAAAGUGCGGAACCGUCAAAAUGAGCCAUUGGGUGAGGGCAAGGGAUUGAGUGCGACAAGGAAAUUGCUACGUUACAAAAUUGCCGAAAGAUUAUCAAAAACGUUUGAGUUGAGCCCUGAUGAUUUGUUUUGCGGAAAUUACAAUGCGUGGUUGGUCAAGGAUGUUAUUCUUCAGGGCCACAUAUAUUUGACGGAGAAAGCAUUAAUUUAUUUUGCAUUCUUGCCCAAACGAACAAGUCUUGAAGAAGUAGAUGAUCCAAGAAAUUUUGACGACUCAGCAAAUACCGUUCACAAGGGGGCCCUAGGUAUGAAAACUGCAAAGUAUGGAGAUUCCAAGUUUCAAUCGGUCCUUACCCAUCGAUACUGGGCAAUCCUUCGUACCGAUACUUUGACCAUAUACAGCUCGUUUACCGACUUGUACUUUCCCCUAAAAGUAAUUGACUUGAGAAGUUGCUUAUACGCCGAAAUAGCUUCCAAGGAUAAAAUCAAGGAUAUGACUUCGCCCGCUCUGCGAGGCGUACAGACGCCCUCGCAGAUGCGUAGUGGGUACACAUCAGGCCAUAGUACUCCACCGUCAAUUCUGGAAACUGCGUCCGAACUUGAUUCAAUACUCUCACAGGAAGGGUUCGAUGCUACAGAAGACAACAUCGAAGCGAGAAGCUCUUCUGUAUGGUUCAAUUUGGUGGCCAAGAAAAAGACGUACAGAUUCCAAUGUGACAACUUGCAUUCGGCAAGGCAGUGGUGCAACAAUUUGACAAAAAUGAUUUUCCAAUUGAAUAAUGCCACCACCACUGGGGAAGUGUUUGUAAAAAUUCCAAUUGCAAAUAUUACUGACUUUAGGCGUCGAACAUUAUUUGAAGAGGAAGAAAAUGCGCUUGAUGAUACAGAAAAUGAUAUACCUUUAAGCUUCAGUGUCAAGUAUGUGAACACUGACCCUCUGGAGAAGAGGAAACGAGAUAGAAUAAAAGACAAACUCAAGCAAGCAGAAGAGGAAGUUAUCUUUUUGAUUCCAAAAAGUGGUCUUGAUUUCUUCAACUCUUUUGAAGGUGUGAUACAGAAGCAAUCAGCACGGAUGCACGAAAAACCCAAAUUGUUUGGCUCGAAAAAACCAGAGUUGGAAAGAUCAUUCGCCAGCUUGUCGCCCUCAGUCAAUGCUGUUGUUCAAAAUUUGAUCAAUUCGAAUUUACCCAACGAGAAGCGAGAGACUAAAUCAACCAUCAGGAAACUUGGAAAAUCGUUCGGCCUCCCUUUCAAGGAUGAAUUAUCACAAAAUUUCGAUCUAACGGAAAGGUCAGUGGACCUGGAUCACCUUUCUUUCCCGCAUGCAAUGUCGGAGAGCGUUUUCCGAGAUUUGGAAAUCACGUUUGAAUCAACAUUCAAGAACUUGAAGGAUGCUUCAGCUAGGUGGGACCAUGAUUAUGCACGCGCGUUCACGGAGUUUGACAAGCUUCCAAUACCAUCACUUCAACUAGACUCGAAGGAGUCUAAAGGUCGCGGUUUUGGUAAAAGUAUAAAGUUGUUUUCGAAUAUGGCUGCGAGGUUUUCCGCCUCACCGAUCCACUAUACCGUUCAAGACAAGUAUUACGUUUCCAAUCAAGAGGACCGGGAGGUUGCUUUGAAACAUUUUCAAGAACAUUUUUCCUUGUACAAUUCGAAAUUGGUUGCUGCUUAUUUUUGUCACUUGAUAAGGACUGUACCCGUGUAUGGAAAGUUGUACGUGUCUGAACACGAGAUUUGUUUCCGUAGUUUGCUUCCUGGUGUUUCCACAAAGAUGAUUCUUCCAUUGACAAGUAUAGAGAGAAUGGAUCCUAUUAGCGGUAAGAUCUACGCUGGUACUAAACUCACCUUGGAAGGCGCAGAGGAGUUGGAUUUGGAAUUUGCGUUUGUCAAGUCUCGUGAUGAUUUUUACAAUAUUGCGCUUGAGAUUUUGGACAAGAUUCAUGCCAAUGAAGGAUUCCGGCCAAAACCACACGAGUGGGGACCCAAUCACAAUUUGGAAUUGUCCAAGACGAGAAUGGAAUAUAGUGAUUCAGAGAGAAGGAGAUUAGAAGAUAAAACUGACAAUCAAAAAGAUUUGGAGAUUGCUGAACAAAAAGUCAGUCUUGCCCGGAUAAAGAUGUUUGAGGAUCGCUUGACAACUGCUUCUGGCUUGGACAUUCCAAUUAUUUUAGAGGAUUCGCCAUUCUUUAAGACGGAAAUGAGACCGUCAACAUCCUACAAUAUCACUCUUCUUACCAUUGGAUCGCGUGGUGAUGUCCAACCUUACAUUGCAUUGGCAUUGGGUUUGCAAAAGGAAGGACAUACAGUGACGAUAGCUACACACGGUGAGUUUAGAGAUUGGGUUGAAAAUGUUCAUCAUAUCAAGUUUAAGGAAAUUGCAGGAAACCCUAGUGAGUUGAUGUCGUUUAUGGUGGGACAUAGUACUUUGUCAGUUACAUUUUUGAAGGAUGCACAAGCCAAAUUCAAGGAUUGGAUAGCAAAGUUGUUGACCACUAGUUGGCAAGCAUGUCAAGGGGCCGAUAUUUUGAUUGAAAGUCCUUCGGCAAUGGCAGGGAUACAUAUUGCAGAAGCCUUGGUCAUUCCUUAUUUUAGAGCAUUCACAAUGCCGUGGACGAGAACUAGGGCAUACCCGCAAGCGUUUUUGGUACCCGAACAGAAAAGAGGUGGAUCUUACAACUACAUGACACAUGUCUUGUUCGACAAUGUCUUUUGGAAGGGGAUUCUGGCUCAAGUCAAUAAGUGGCGGGUGAUGGAGUUGGAUUUACCAAAAACCAACUUGUACCGAAUGCAGCAAACAAAGGUUCCAUUUUUGUACAAUGUUUCGCCAUGUGUGUUGCCACCUGCUAACGAUUUCCCUGAUUGGGUCAAGGUUACUGGAUACUGGUUUUUGGAUGAAGGUGGGAAAGAUUACAAGCCGCCCCAGGAUUUGGUGGACUUUAUUGCCCAAGCAGCCAAAGAUGAAAAGAAAAUAGUCUAUAUCGGGUUCGGGUCCAUUGUUGUCAAAGACGCAGCCUCAUUGACAAAAGCUGUGAUUGAGGCUGUUCUUGAAGCUGAUGUAAGGUGUAUUUUGAAUAAAGGUUGGUCUGAUCGUGGUAGCAACAAAGACAAGAGUAAAGUGGAAGUUGAGUUGCCCCCUGAGGUUUUCAAUGCCGGCUCAGUGCCACACGAUUGGUUGUUACCGAAAGUGGAUGCGGCAGUCCAUCAUGGUGGAUCCGGUACCACUGGUGCAUCAUUGAAAGCGGGAUGUCCUUGUAUCAUUAAGCCCUUUUUCGGUGAUCAGUUUUUCUAUGCAAGACGGAUUGAAGAUAUGGGUGCUGGAGUGGCGUUAAAGAAGUUAACGGCAAAAUCAUUGGCGAAAGCACUCACCACGGUAACUGAAGAUUUGAAGAUCAUUGAGAAGGCGAAGAGUGUUAGCACGCAAAUCAAUCGCGAAUUUGGUGUCUUGAAUGCUAUUGAAGCAAUAUAUUCCGAUUUGGAGUACGCAAGAAGUUUGAUUUGGGCCAAGGAGUUGCACAAUGCGAACUACAAACGUCAUCAUCCUGACUUCAAGGCUCAUUCUGGAGUGCAAACGGCUAACCCAUCGGACUCUGAGUCCGAUAGUGAUUAUGACGGUGACGACACCAGCGACGAGGAAGACAAUGGUGCUGGUGAUGUUACUGACCGUGAAGAAGAAACGGUGACUCAUGGCAAGGAGCCAGAGCUGAAGGUAAAGAAAUGA